AUGGUCUGGGGCUGCAGCCUGCUUGUCAUCACCGCGUCCCUCGCCGGUGCCUCGCUCACGCUGGCCGAGAUGGUCUUCCGUUGCCCGGCUUGCACCGCGGAGCACCAAGCUCUCUGCCCGCUGCUCAGCGAGCCUUGCGCGGAGAUCGUCCGCGAGCCGGGUUGCGGGUGCUGCCCAGUGUGUGCCCGGCAGGAGGGCGAGACGUGCGGCGUGUAUACCCCGAGGUGUGCCGCUGGCUUGCGAUGCUACCCGACGCCCGAUUCGGACCUUCCGCUGGAACAACUGAUGCUGGGCCAGGGCCUGUGCCGGCACACGGUUGACUCCGACACCACCAGCCAAGAGCCCCGGGAGCAGACCAGCGGUGAAGCCAUAGAACUGCUGUCCGAGUCAGGCCUGAGUGAUGUCCGCAUUCCUAAUAAGGACACCACCUGGAUAGGACCAAAGGAGAAUGCUGUGCGACAACAUCGUCAAGAUAUUUUGACAAAAAUGAAGAGCAACAAGGUGGAAGAACUAAAACCUACGCGACCAAAACAGACACCAUGUCAGCAGGAGCUGGACCAGGUGCUGGAAAGGAUCUCCAAGAUGCCCUUCAGAGAUAAUCGUGGUCCUCUGGAGGACCUUUAUGCCCUGCACAUCCCCAACUGCGACAGGAGGGGGCAGUAUAAUCUCAAACAGUGCAAGAUGUCGCUUUAUGGUCAGAGGGGUGAGUGCUGGUGUGUAAGCCCUUACACCGGCAGACCCAUUCCAGCAGCCCCGACUGUGCGGGGCAAUCCCAACUGCAGCCAGUACCUUCCAGAGCUGGAGCUGGAACUAGAGAUGGCCAACAUGGAUCAGAUAUAA